UCAACAGUAGGAGGGCAGUUGGCGCUUUUGGGAUGUCCUCCUCCUCCUCCUCUUCACUGUCUGCUGCUGUUCAGCGCAGGAUGGUGGAGGCAGUUAUUGUUACAGCACAGCUAGACUCAUUCGGCCACAAUUUCCAGGAAUGGAGAGCAGUCAACCAAUCACCAUCACCAACCCGGAUACACGGCGGAAGAAGAAACGCAGAACUAGGGCUGCAGACAGUUUCACUGGCAAAUUUAGUGAUCUGUACAAGCUGACGGACGAGCUGCUGGGUCAGGGAGCUUAUGCUAAAGUCCAGGGCUGUGUGAGUUUACAGAACGGCAAUGAGUAUGCUGUCAAGAUAAUUGAGAAGAACUCUGGUCACAGUCGCAGUAGAGUUUUCAGAGAGGUGGAGACGCUUUACCAGUGUCAAGGAUAUAAGAACAUUCUGGAGCUCAUUCAGUUUUUUGAAGAUGACUGCUGUUUCUAUCUGGUGUUUGAGAAGUUGCUCGGAGGUUCCAUUUUAACACACAUCCAGAGUCGAAAGUACUUUGAUGAGAGAGAGGCAAGUCAUGUAGUCAGGGAUAUAGCACAUGCACUGGACUUUCUGCACAACAAAGGAAUCGCUCACCGGGACCUUAAGCCUGAAAAUAUUCUGUGUGAAUAUACUGAUAAGGUGUCUCCUGUGAAAAUCUGUGAUUUUGAUCUCGGGAGUGGAGUAAAGCUAAACAGUGCCUGCACCCCAAUAACUACCCCUGAGCUCACCACGCCGUGUGGCUCGGCAGAGUACAUGGCUCCUGAGGUGGUGGAGGUCUUUACGGAUGAGGCUUCGUUCUAUGAUAAGCGCUGUGACCUCUGGAGCCUUGGAGUGAUUCUCUACAUCCUGCUCAGCGGGAGUCCUCCCUUCACUGGCCACUGCGGCACCAACUGCGGCUGGGAACGAGGAGAGACGUGUCGGGCCUGCCAGAACAACCUGUUUGAGAGGAUUCAGGAGGGGAAGUAUGAAUUUAGGGAUGGAGUUUGGGCUCAGAUCUCGGCCGAUGCUAAAGAUCUGAUCUCGCGGCUGCUGGUGCGAGAUGCUACUCUACGGCUGAGUGCUGCUCAGGUCCUGAAGCAUCCCUGGGUGCAAGGGAAUGCACCUGAAAGAGUUCUUCAAACUCCUCGUGUUCUACAAAGAAACUGCAGCACUAAAGACCUGACUCAGUUUGCCGCUGAAGCCAUCGCGUUCAAUCGACAGCUGUCUCAGAAGGAGGAAGAGCAGGAGGACUUUGGUGCUGUGGUCUGCUCCAUGAAGCUCUCCCCUCCAUCUAACUCUAGAUUAGCCCGUCGCAGAGCACAGUCUCAAGCACUGCGCACCAAUACCUGACACCUGCCCUCCCUACAGAUGCUCCUGUUAUACUCGUGCACGCCAAAGUGCGUUAUAAGCCUUCAUACACAUGCAUUCUCUGGUGAACUGAAUGGGCAUUAACUUGUGCAUAACACACAUGUAUAUGCAUCACAGGCUUAGUGCUACCAACUUGUAGCACAGACUAGCCUUAUAUAUACAAACCAAAAACAUCCAGACAAUUCUAAUUUAUUUACAGGUCUUUUGCUCUGUGUAAUGUGAGUUUUAUGUAUUUUAAGCAUCAGAAACUGUGCUUUUUAAUUAUUUAUUACCAGAUAUUUAUGGCUGGCAGUGUUUGUCAGUCUAAUAUAAAAAGGGUGCUCAGCUCUGAGGGUAUUCUACAGAUGUUGAUUUUAUUGUUGCCAUAUCAGUGAGGCUUUUAUUUAACAUUAGCAUUUUUAAACUUAAAAGUUUAAACAUUUUAAAAUUUACUAUAAAGCAGUGGACAUCUUGCUUUGUUACUUUUCCAAUUUUUCUAUGUGUUUUAUAUAGGGUCUAGCUGUAGUCUAGUUGCAGUUAUUGUUGAGGGAAUAAUGUUUUGGUUUAUUUGAGCUAUGUAAAGCCAUGCUGCCAUGUGUCUUAAGUGGAAAUGCAUUUGAGAGUUAUUGCUUUAACAAAGGUGCUGAUGAGGUAUAAUAUACAUUUGACCGUACACUUUCAGCUUAGAUAGUUAGUAAAUAUUGCAUAGUAAGUUUUUUAUUUUUUAUCUUUUCAGAUUUCAGAUGAUUAUAUUUUUUUAUUUAAAUUAUAUUUUUUCAUGGUUCCACUUUCAAAAAAUUAGUUUUGUUGUAAAAGUGCACUGUUUUUCUAUGCAUCAGGGCGAUGAGCCUGUCCUAUAGCUGAUUUAGUUAUAAGAUGGAGUACGUUUUAUUACUUUUGUUUGUAUUAAGUGUAAUGUUUGCCAUUUGGGGGGGGGGGGGGCAGAGCUCCUAUUGUGCCAAAUAACUAAAUUACCUCUCAGUUAUCUUUCAAAUUACAAAACAUGCACGAUUAUUUUUCCUGUUAUUUGUUGUUUAAAAUGCUAUUUGACUUGAGAUGAAAUGGAAUGUAGUGGUUGUCCAUGUGUUAUGUAAGUACAUUUACGAUGAAGUGUUUCAUGUACCAGGGAUGACUCUAGAGGGCGCUACCUCACAUCAAUGGCUAUGUUCUCAGUAUUCAAUGCUUGUGUGAUACUCUAAUGGCGAAUCAAAUGCUGAUUUUCACAAAUGCUGUCUAUGGAAUGGCCAUUUAACCCUAACAACUCUGGGAACAGUUCAUAGGUCAGAGGUGUUCAUUUGGUUUUCCAAUUUUGAGAAAUAAAGCAGGUUGCACU